UGUUUUCGCCCCUCCCAAAUAUCUGCCAAAGUGAAACUAAACUACUGCAUUUAAAGACAUUCUGCACCAUGAAAAAAUACAGUUGUUCUCAUCGAAGCCUUAAACGAAGGAGGAAACUUUAUUGAAGAUAAUAACCAUUUCUAAAGAGAGGAACACACAGGGUUUUGCUCCCAGUUUACAUUUUAAAGAUAUUUUCAGCAAUGGGCAAUAGUCAGUUGUCUCUAAAAGAACAUGGCUACACUCUGGUGAAGGAAGAGGAGAAUAAGAUCCUGGUGAAAAAUGAAGCUGGUGAUCAGUUUGUCGUUAAAAAGAUGAGCACUAACCAGGAUGAAUCAAUGUUCCUCCCAGAUCUCAAUCACCCACACAUCGUCCAGUACAAGGAAUUUAUCAAAGUUUCUGACUGUCUGUAUCUUGUACUGGAGCACUGUGAAGGUGGAGAUCUCGCUCAGAAAAUCAAAAACAAAAACAAGGAAAAUGUCACGUUUUCUGAAAAUGAGAUUCUGGACUGGAUUGUGAAGAUCUGCAUGGCUUUAAAGUAUCUGCAUGAUCAAAAGAUCCUGCAUAAAAACCUGCGACCCGAGAGUAUAUUCUUCACUACAUGUGGAACCAUCCGUCUUGGAGAGUUUGGAGUGGUCCAUCAACGAUCCAUUGAAGGACAAACAGUUGAAGAUGGACCUUCUUCAUAUAUUGCACCUGAGAUUUUGAAUGACAAACCUUAUGGGGAAAAAACUGAAAUAUGGAGCCUGGGAUGUGUCAUCUACGAGUUGUGCACGCUGAAAUGUGCGUUUCCUGCAAUAAUCACAGUUGAGAAUGUUAAAAAGAUACUCACAUCCUCCUAUGAAGCUCUUCCCAAGACCUUAUCUGAGGAUCUUCGCCAGCUGGUAUCAGACACAAUUCAGUCCGAUCCGGUGAAACGCCCGUCUGUCAGCGAGAUCUUGACCAGACCUUUCAUCAUUAAAUAUCUUCAUGAAAAGAACAUGCAAACUAUUAAGACACUUUAUAGGACGCUAGAGGAACUGAGAGCCCUGGCUGAUGGUUUGGAAAGAGUCCAUUUCAACACAACUGUAGGCAGUCUCACAGGAGGUGUCGUAGGACUGGCUGGAGGAAUCGCAUCUGUAGCUGGACUUGUUCUCUCUCCGUUCACACUCGGAGCGUCUCUGGUAGUAACAGGGGUGGGAAUCGGUACGGCAGUAGCUGGAGGAGUAACAGCUGGUGCCAGCAACAUAACAAACAUGGUUAACCAUAAAACAAGCCGGCAAAAGAUCAAAAUGCUCAUAAAAGAGUUCCAAGAAAAAAUCACCUCCACAGUUUGCUGCAUCCAAAACAUCCAAAUAGCUGUGGAAACUUUAGAAAGACAGUUUUCCACAAGUGAUCAGUCGUCUAUCAAUGCACAACCUGGGGCAAAUGCUGGAGCUCGACUUGGACGAGGACUGGGAGAAAUUCCGGAGCUUCUACGUGUAAUUGAAGUCGUAAAUGUUGGGAAGGUUGCAGCUCAGACUGAGAGAGCCGUUCGUGUGGCUGAAGCAGCUACUGGAGUUUUGACUGCACUUUUUGUAGCUGUUAACAUCUUCUUUGUUUUUCUCGACUCCAGAGAAAUUCACAAGAUCCGCCAAGAUUACGCUUUAAGAGAGAGUCAACGAAAAUCAGAUUCUACCAGCAACCAAAGCACUGGGUCGACUAACCAGACGUCAAAUAACAGCGACACAACAAACCUGCUGCCUUCAAACACUCAACAAGCAGAAGAGCUGAAGUCUGAGACCAUGAAAUUUGUGACAAAAAUAAAGGAGACGACAGAGGAGCUUCAGAAGAUUCUGGAUACACUGCGAGAUGCACUGCAGCCAUUCUCUGAGCUGCCAAACAAUGACAACUAAACUUGUUAGUCAAGUUCUCCAGUCAUAGAUUAAUUAUAGUUGCAGCAAAGUUAGGUGAUGAAUAUGUAUCUAUUCUGGAAUUAUUCUGGAUAUUCUUGAUUUUUAUGAUGAAAUAUCUAAAUUAAUAUUGCUGGUUUCAAUAAUGCUUAGAAACCUUUUGAGAAGUAAUAAAGUAAGCUUGCUGCACUUCCAUUUAAUUAUCUUAAGAAUUUGUGUUAGGACUUCUUGCCUUAAUUUCCUCGAUGUUUUAGAAAUCAGAAAACAUAAGCAUACAAUAUUUUCCUUUUUUCUUCCUGUAUACAGUGGCUGCUUAUUGUACUUUUCCUUCACUUGUACAGAAAUAAAUAUAUCAGAAAUCCAAA